CGGUUGUGCCGACUUUCGUAAGCGAGGAUGAACUCAUUCUUCAUCCGAUGAAGAACUGCUCUCUACGACAAAAUUUCAACAUACAAGACUCGAAAAUUGCCGCGCUAUUCGAAUUUGUACAAAUGAUACGACCACUAGAGAUUUCAUGUCAGAGCACCAUUUCAGGCAGACAUUGGAUCGAAAGCUGCAUCAUGUUUGAUAAUCUAGCCCUAAGCAAGUAAGACUUCUAGGCGAGGAACUCAAAAUGAGAUUAGAGGUCAGCCCACGACAAUCGAUGGCUAUGGUUCUCUUCCCAAAAAACUCUCCGUCUCUUCAAGUGCCUUCCUCCUCCACGUCUCAACAUGAAUAAUACUGUCACUCAGCGACAUGGGCAUCUCAACAAGGGGAUUUGGUCGUUCUUCUUUAGCACACGUUCACAGGCGGUUGGGCGAAAUAAUCUAGGAAAUCUGAAUUGUGGUUUGAAAGAAUCGAAGGCCUCUUUGAUAAUAUAUCACGAUAAUUUCAACCAUUUUUGAGCAGUCGCGGAAUAUAUCUACGAGAAUUCAGUGUGAUAAGUUAGAAAGGUGUCUGAAACCCGUACGUAUAGGUGGCUGAUCGUUCCUUCUGCUGUGCUUGGGGCCAAUUAGGUAAUAUCAUAAGACCCGCUAAAUUCCGGUGACAGAUAUGGGUAUCUUCUGCAAUCUCUACGAAGAAGUUCUCGAAGGAAAACCUUUUACCGACAGCACAGGUAGGUUUCUUUGUGGCAAUUUGCCAUUAUUAUUCUUCGGCUGACCGGGCAUCAAUACUCGAUAUCUCACAAUCUGUAUCAUUAUAUCAUCAUUGAUCGGAUCGAACAUUGACAACAACAAAUCUGGGCCAUGAAACGUCCGUCAUCCACGCCCAAUCAUUCCCCUGGCAACCAUGAUACUCCAGAUUUCAAAAGGCCGCUAUCCUGCACCGGAGACGCGGGCAUCUGCGUUUUGGCCAGAAGUUUUCGGUUCGAUGUGAUUCGUCCGGACUUCCAGCUGAAAAACAGCUGUCCAUCUGUCUCACCAGUCUAGAACAUGACAUGGACUACCCCAAUGGCUUUGUACACCACAAGACACCAGAAUUACACUUCAUCGAAGGCGUCGCAAUGCGCUUCUUUCUUUUCAUACAUCUCGACGAAUCGUAACCCGGAAUUACAGACAAAUCCCGUAUUGUGCUGGCAUACCAGCAAGAAUGGCAUUAGUUUGCUUGCUCUUUCAGUGCUUCCAAAAUGGGAAAAUAAGGUGUCUUAAACUCAUAAAAGUCGAUUUGUUGAUAAGACAGCGACGCAAUCAAUAUUAUUGUUUUCUUUUUUUGCCCAGUUACCGGCAAUUACUUGCUCGAGUUACUCCCAGAGGCGUUUCCUAGAACGUGGAUCUCUGCGCCCGGCCCUUAAGCUUGACAUCUGCCCAGCAACCGGUUCUUCUUGUCUUUCUCUGUGGUCCUGACACCACUAUCAUAUGAUAGCUAGGUAACGGCCAUAGCCCACUGGCAGCUCUAGUCUAGGUCUACCACAUAAGCUAAAUUGAGAACCCUGAUGUAUCAUGCAGGUAAUCGACGAAAGCCGAGAAGCGUAGAUAUUGGUAUUUCUAUAGCUUUAACCCUUGGGGGCCCCAUGAUCCCUCCUGCAGUUGCUUUCUGAAAUGGUUGCUCGCAAAGUAGAACUCGAGCGAAUCUUCAUUCCUAGCCAUCGCCAAUCUUUGAGCCAUACUUAUUCAACAAGUCAAGAACACACUGGGAAUAGUUAUUCUCCGCAAUCGAGGUCUCCAGUAAAAGGUAUGAACGUCCGGAAAUGGAACGGCGCUGCAAGGUGCUCAACGGAAUGGGAUGAACUUCGAAGAGUGAGUCUGUGUGCAAUCGUGUGUUAUACUGUAUUUAAUUCCUGAGUAGGAUUCCGCCCUAUGGUUCAAGAAUGGUGAUUGCCAUGUCCACUUGCAUGCAAAAGGGCAGUCCCAAAGACCUCCGACAUUCAGGGUCCCAAUCAACGCUCUUGUGGCAGCAAAAGCCCAGCCGCUUCUUGAGAGAUGCUUAAUAGAAAGCGUGGAGGAAGCAACUGGUAGUAACGAAGAUAUAAACAAUAAAGUUUCAUGGCUUGAUCUUUACAUCACCACCCCUUCCAAUAUCGAACGAGGACAAAUCUUUCUGCACCAUACUUCAACACGCAACUUCUUUGCGUGGGUCUUCAGGAGGUCAUUGGUUGGAAUCCAUCUUGGUGGCGCACUGGUCGGUCUACUGAACACCAUGAACGAAUUCAGGUCAGCAGGUGAAGACAAUUUCCAAGCUCUGUUCAACUACAUGGAAGAAGAAGGAUAUCUGGACAUGCGAAACUCUCCAGAUCAUGCGUUAGGUAUUUUGUUCUUUGCAGAACAUUUUAGACUUGAGCAAACUUGGUUGGAUGCAUUUGUGCAUUGUGUUGGAAUGUACGAGAGCUUACCAACCAGUGCGGGUUUUGAGGUAAGUGUCUGGUAACUAAAUUGCAGCACUUGAAAAGUGGUACUGACAACCAGAUAGCAUAUCAGCCCGACUUCCCGCGCACUCUUAACACGAUCUUUUACUGAAAUGGAUGCACGACUGGGUUCAUGCAGUCAAAAACUUAGAACUUUCCUCUCCGAUGAGUUGUCUGAUGCUUACUUUGGUAUGCCCCAGAAUGCCAAACAUCAUCUCGACAAAUUCAGGGCUUUUCUUCACACGUUCUACAUUGCAAAGCUUGGUCAUUAUCCACCGACCGUUGAGAGCAAGACUGGUAGAUUCCCAAAGAGUAUUCUGAAUCAGAUGGCCACAGACUUUAAGAAGCUUUACGAGUUUUUAGUCGACACUUCCUUCACGUCAUAUAACCUGGAUCCUGCCACUCAACAUGCAGGUAUCUGCGUGAUGCAUAAUGUGCAGGCAUUUGACCGAUUAUACAACCACUCUCCGCUGGAGCACCCUAUACCUCUUCUUCCCCAAUCUGAGGAAUACAAAAAGCCAAAGGGAAAAUUUAGGGGCAGGUUAAGCUUACAGAAUACAAAAGGCUUACCGGACAGGAGACUUGUCACCUGUGCAUCUUUGUUAAAGGCCACAAAUUGGGAAAGCUCUAAUCCGUAUGAGGGCGCCUUGGUAAUGGCGUUUCGAAGCUUUGAGAGGGAUUUUGUUUUCUCAGUUCCCACGAGUAAGCACGAAACUCUUCAACAAGCAAACGCCCGAACAAUACGCUGGCUGUUAAUUUAUUCCAUUCACCAGACUUUGAAAUCUGCUACUGCAAUUCCUGAUCACGUUAGCGAUACUCAAAAUGUCCAGUACAACUUGUGUGCAAUGACACCUGACCUACCCCCAUGGAAACAAUCACCUUCAUGCGAUAUUAUAUAUCGAUUGCCCACAGGUCAAAUCACGCAGGACCACAAGGAAUCGCUCAGAGCCAAAGUGAAAGUAAACAGAGCCAGCGCCUUCGAACUCAAGCGGGAUAUCGAAUAUCAAGCCAUUCAGCGAAGGCCCCAAUUUUCUCUUCUUAGAGGCCAAAAUACCGAAACACUUUCAAGACGCAACUCGUUAGGACCACAACGCGGGAUGAUCAGAAGGGCUCUGAACAGCCUUGGAAACAUGCCAGAACUUCAACACCCUACACCCCACCGAUUAUCUUAUCACGAAAUCCUCGUUUACGGAUAUGGAAACGGUACUCACGAUGUGACAGUUACAGAUGGUCCUGCUGCGACGACUCAAGAAGAUGACGCACUACAGCGGAAAGUUUCUGCCGGGUCUCAGUUAACACCAUCUGAAAAAUCACCCUCUUUGUGGUCACACACGUCUGAAGAAAAUGACGAGACUCGGAGUUCAAAUGACAGCAAACGUUCAACAAGUGGCAGCACAUUUACCAGCAUUAACGAAUUUUUGGACAACAAGCGAGGCACCAGUGUUCUGGGACUCCCGGAGAAACCGAGUUCUGCGUACUCUGCUAGCAUCUACGAGGAUGAUGAUGAUGACAAGAAGGCUAUGGAGCCAGCACCACUGCACGUGCGGGAGGUGAUCCCAGACAAGGAUAAGGACCCGGAAGUUCCCAAUAUCAUUGAAAAUCUUCAGAAUCUGGGUGUCAACAGGGAGUUGGAAGAGUUUUGAAUGCCGAGAAUAGGAAGUUUUGUACAGAUUAGGAUUUCUUUGUCUUUUGAUUUCCUCAAUACCCCGACUUAGACGUUCAUUUCAAUCUGAUAAUGAUACUCAGCGCAAGGUAAUGAUACUCAGCGCAAGGCUUUGGUGGCUAUGCUUGUUUAACGUAAUACGUUUAGGGUUGGUUGUACGAUAAGAGUUGGUAGUAAAAGAGAAAGAAGCUUUUGUAGCUGACUUCAUUUUUGCUUUCAUUUGACUUCUUGUGGGAACUGUUAAAUCUGUGUCCCUCGGUGUUAGAGCUUGGUCCUAGAAUUUCGACAUUAGAAUAUAGCAUCUGCCGAGGACAGUACACCCAGGUGUACCCC